GUCAGCGGCGGAUAAGAGAGUUGCAGGCGCAGCGCAGGAGGUGUCAGCUCACCAUGCCAGGCUGCCAGCUGCUCUGUGAGCCGCCGCACACCCGCCUCUCAUGUUCCUGCUCGGAGUCACACUAAACGGACAAUGCUGCUGUUCACUGUCUCAACUUUGCUCCUGUUCUUCUCCGGCUCAGGGCUGGCUCUGCAGAUUCAGUGCUACCAGUGUGAGGAGAUGACACACGACUGCUCCACGCCAGAGUUCAUCGUCAACUGCACCGUGAAUGUGCAGGACAUGUGCCAGAAGGAGGUGCUGGUAAAGGAUGAUGGGAUACACUAUCGCAAGUCCUGUGCCUCAUCAGGAGCCUGUCUUAUCGCUUCUUCUGGCUACCAGCAGUUCUGCACCGGCAAGCUCAACUCAGUGUGUAUCACCUGCUGCAACACGCCACUGUGUAAUGGACCACGGCAGAGGAAACGACCCCAGCCCUCCGCUGCCAUCGCCCUGAACAUGCCACAGCUCCCAGUGUUUCUCCUCCACAUUGUCCUCCUGCUGUCCUCCACCCUGUGCUGACAGACCUUUGUACACUGAGAUGUGUGUUAAAAAUGUUCUACUGCUGACAGUAGAGACCACAGGAGCUGGAACUAUAUAAGCUGAGACAUGAAUACACUGAAAUGUUUAUAUGUGAGCGAGCUUUAUCGAGUGUUUCUUCUGGUGAGUUACUGGCGUUCUGUUGCAGCUUGCCUCUAAAGUUCAAAAGCAAAAACUGCAUACACUGGAACAUGUCAUAAUCAUGCGUCAUGUCUUAAAGAUGAUCAUGUUGCGGCUUCAGGGGAAGCUGGGUAAGGAUAGUGCCAUGGACAGCUUCUAGCAGUUACGUUGGACAACAGGUGGUUCACCCUCAUUUGUCAUUAUUUAGAAGUCCAGUAAGACAUAUUACUGGCAAGAAACUAAGAGUAGAUUCUUUUAGGAGAAGAUCUCCAGAGUAAAUCCAUGGCUUUUGCUGUCUGAGCAAAAUUACCUGGAACAAUCACUAAUUUUGCAAUGCUACAAACUUAAAAAGACAAUAUACGAUCAAUGACACCAUGAUAUCACUCAAUGAUUGUGGAUAGAAAACUGCAGGUUAGAUAGUUGGUUUGAUGUAGACAACAACUUUCCUCCAUUCAUUCUUUAGCAGCCUUUACAGUUUGUUCACAGAUGUUGUAGAUAGAACUACAACUUCAUGUUGAUAUGGGGCUUUUUUCAACUACUUAUCACAGCACCCUCUGCUGACUGAAAUAUGGUAUGAAGUAGGGCUGUGCAAUCUGGGACUCCCCAAGAUGAUGGACCAUGUCGACUUUUUGGCAUUUUUCUAUCAGGUCUCUUCAAUGAGACUUGAUCAAAGAAGUUACAAAAGUUUCUUAGAUAAACAUGACUGAACAUGACGCUUCUAGCAGUACAGAGUAAGUCUGAAUUCAAUGUGGAAUCCAAACUCCUGAAGAUGGGAGGAUGUAGUACAAUCAUUUUGCAAUUGGGACAGCAGCAUCCUUGCUAAUAACAGUAGCUCAACUUGGUUCUGGUGAUUUUACUUCAACACAGCUGUAUGUCCCUGUCCUGCUCCAUCAUCACUUUAAAUAUCUAUUUGACUGUGACAUACAGCUAAAAGCCUGUCAUUCAAUUAUAAAAUAAAUCUAUUUUAAUUUAGACAGCACUGUCUCUAUUCAUUGACAUUUAUUUAAAUGCAGCAAUGUCUGCUGGCUACAUAAAAUGACUUCAAAUUCCACGGAGUCAGAAAGCACUGUUGUAAUAAUUUUACCUUCAGGCAAAUAAUGUGGCAACAAUAAAUAUUUUAAUUUUUUAUUUACUUCUGCAGCCAAAAUUUUUCCAAAAGAUGUUAUGUUAUAUAUAAAAACGAUACAAAUACGCCGGAGCCAUGGUUUGCUUAGAUAAGACUGUAGUCCUUGGCAAAAGGAAAGCUCACAUUGUUGGCCGUUUAUCUCAGAGACUGAGCUGCUAACUGUUGCGAUGACUGGAGAAGUACAGAAAUAACAGAAAGGUACUCAGCAGUCCUCUACAAAUCAGCUUCCAAAGUGUCUUCAAUGAAAAGGCCAGAGUAGGAACUGAAAUAGAACAGUUCUUAGGGCACAACUGAUGACAUUCCACAAGUACAAACAAAGGAUUCAGAGUGAGAAAGGGAUAAUGCAUAUGGGAACAUAUGAUUAUAAAUAAUAUAGCAAGGUAAGGAAUGAGCAAAACCUGCAAAAAGUUGGUAGAGAUCGUUCAAUUACGAGCAAAAUCCUAUCUGAUUUUAACUUGUGCAGUGAUACACCACUCCUACUGCUCCUGCCAUGUUUGGAGCACUCUCUGGAAGUCCAAUUCUGAACAUCCAUCCAUCCAUCAUCUAUACAACACUUAAUCCUCAUUAGGGUCACGGGGGGAGGCUGGAGGCUAUCCCAGCUGACGAAGGGCAAAGGAGGGGACACCCUGGACAGGUCACCAGUCUAUCACAGGGCUACAAAUAGAGACAAACAAUCACAGUCACUUUCACACCUACGGACAAUUCAGAAUGAACCUCAGCAUGUUUUGGACUGUGAGAGGAAGCCGGAGUAACCAGAAAAAACAAAGAAGAGCAUGCAAACUCCAUGCAGAAAGAUCUCGGGAAGGCCAGGACGCGAACCUGGGAUCUUCUAGCUGCAAGGCCAAAAUGCUAACCACCAAGCCACUGUGCAGCCCCCAGUUCUGAACAGUUGUUGGGAUUUCACCGUGGACCUCAAAUUUGUGCAAAGAGCAAAUAUCACAUUCGGUGUCAAAGUGACCUGACCUUCAUGUUGGAGAUCAACACUGGUGACGAGUUAGGUCUACAACCUAGAGACCCAACAGGUCCUAAAGACUGAAGAAGGAACAUCAGGUCAACGGCACAACUAAGAGCAUGCCCUCUUUUGUUCUGCAUUCAAGCUGCGGUGCACAAUGAAUUUGUCCCUCGGAGUCUAGUUGUCAUCAUUGAGUUCCACUGUGAUGUUCUAAAGAGGGAGAACAUCUGGGCCAAAUAACCUGAAUAUGGUACAUGUCAUCACUCACUAACAGCAUAUGAAAAAAAUACACAUAUUGUUUGGCAGCACCAGCAGAACUGUAGCUCCUACCUCGCCAGAUUUGGCUUGCUGUAUGUUUUUCCUCUUCUCCAAAAUGACAUUCAACUUGAUUGGUCAGCAUUUGGCACAGUAGAAGAGACUUCAGGGGAGUGUUCUAAAUGUGGCAGGAGCACUGGGGCCAGUGUUUUACUGCACAAGGUAACUACUUUAAAGUGCCCCACAUACAAUAUUUCAUUGCUUUUUCAAAAGUGGGGUUAACAUAAAAAGUGUCUCUAUUGCAGGUCGCAGCACAUAAUAUCAAGUUUCCCUUUUCUUUGGAGGUGGCCAGAAACCUAAAGGUACCCUGUGGAGUUUUCAUAUCAACAAAUACAGAAAUGGUCAUAUUUAUUGUUUACUGAUAUAUCUCUGAAAGACUGUUUUACGGUGGUUUCUUUUUAAAAGCUUGUAGAUCAUUGUGCAACCUGCUAUUUCAGCUGUGGCCGCUGUCCUCAUGUGCCUGCUGGAACAUGAGUUGCAAACACAACAGGGAACCACUCAUUAGUGCACAACCAACCACUAGUGGUCCACUUGGUAUCUUUAACUUUAACUGAAGCUGUGGGGUUUCAUGCUUAACUAAAUGGCUGAGCUUUAGUGUAAUCAUUUUAUGAUUUGAUAACAAUUUCACAAUUUUAGAUUAAAUGUCUUUUCCAGAUGUCCUAUUUGUUGCGUCAUAUUGUAAGAUCUGUCUGAACUUAUACUGUGUUUGCUUUGUGUAAGAAAUAUCUGUAUAUUUGUUUCUGAUGCCACAGCAAAAGCGUUCAUGGAAAAAGCAGUUUAUGCUAUGUUUAUUUUGACUGUGUUGCAUUAAAUUGUACAGCACAUUAUAUUUCAUCCUCUGAUGGAACAUCUAUCUUUGCUUUGCGAUAUGAAUCUGGCUGUUCAGUCAUGCCCAAUGAUGUCUGAGUAUCUGAUCCCACUCCUGAGUCACUUUGAGUCUGAAAAGUUGUGAAAGUGGGUGGAGUUUUGUCCUCUGCUACGGUGGAACGGCUCGUCUUGUUGCGACGCAGUGACUUUAGCAGCAGAGGUUGGAGGGAGCGCCCAGAGGCAGCAUUGGAGUACUGCAGUGUGCGUUUGUUGAUGUGUUCAAUGGUGAGUUUGCACCGCAGCACCUGAACAAACACCUCCCUGAACUGCCUGGAGGACAGGUUGUAGAGGAACGGAUUGAUGACGGAGCUGAGGUAGAAGAAGCUGUCGGCCACUGGAUGGAGGGUGACGUAGCUCCGGAAGUAGGAAGUAGUCCAGCGGGACUUGGGCAGGGCGGCCAUCAUCAGACGUCGAAUCUGGUUGGGAAGCCAGCACACCAUCAACGAUCCUACGAUGAGGCCUGGGGAAAAGUCACAAAUACAGAAGAUGAAAAGAAAAAGGGAACACUGACAGAAAAAAACAUGAAGAAUAUGAAAGCAAAAGGACAGUUUCAAGGAACAGCUUUCUUGCUAAGAGAAGAUUAAUAUGUCAGUUUGCUAAAAAUAUGAUAACAUACAAUAUAAUAUAGUACGGAAACAGGAGGAAAUACAUGAUAUGUGGUUUGAAAUGCAUAUUAAAUACAAUUUUAAAAAGUCAA